AUGUCAAAUAUAGGCUACGAUUUAGACACAUCUGGGGGUCUUAUGCCCUUAAUUCGGGCGCUAAUAAAGCCUCCAGAUGAAGAAGUUAGUGUGCAGAAGGCAAAGAAAUCUCAACAUCCAUAUUACAAGCGGCCUGGAAAAGGCCACAAUCAUGACUCCUGCGAUGCUUGUGGGGAAGGUGGAGAUCUUAUAUGUUGUGAUAGAUGUCCGGCUAGUUUUCAUCUUGGUUGCUAUGAUCCACCGUUAGACCCAGCUGAUAUACCAUCAGGGCUUUGGCUUUGUAAGCAAUGUACUGCAAGUGAUGAAAAACCAGCUAGUACUAAAUCAAGUAGAGCUCAAUCUCCUGCCGAAACCAAGAAUGAGAAUGAAAAGAAAACAAGGUCCCUUCGUAAUCGUGCAAACUCCAAGAAGAGUAAAGAUGAACUUGAGGAAAAUGAAGAGGAAGUAAAAAAUGAUAAGGAUUUAACCCCAAUGGAGAUACUAGUUAAAGCUGCUCGUGUGAUGAAUCCGAAACAAUUUGAUCUACCCCAAGAGAUGAAGCAGCCAUUUCUCUUUCCUGGCACAGAUAAAGAGGGCAGUAAAAAUGGUAAUGCUGCAUUAAUAACAGUCGAUUCGUGGGGAUGUGUGCCUCUGCCAGCUAAGACAUGCUAUGUUUGUCAAGGUACUUGCAAACUGGCUCCACUAUUACAGUGUGAUUAUUGUCCGGCUUUGUUUCAUUUAGACUGUUUGGAUCCACCGCUGACUGCAUUACCGACUGGACGUUGGAUGUGUCCUAAUCAUGUUGAGAAUUUCAUUGAUUGGAAGUUAGUGUCGUCAAUAUCUGCUGUAGAGCGCGCAGCACUAUGGGAUAGAUUCGGUGCACCGAUUGACCAACACGCAGUCAAGGUGGACUUUAUACGGCGCGCGCGCAGGCACACAUAUCGAGUUCCAAUGGGUGUACGGGGACGAGUAGUUGUGCCCCGAUGCGUACGCGCCCACUACCGCCGUCCGCCACCGCUGCUACCUUCGCGCAGGGAACACGUUCGCUGUCGUAAUGUUUUAAAAAAUCGUCUCCCAUCUGAAUCUGAGUCAGAGGAUGAUGCAGAGUCCACACACAAGAUAUGUUUGAACACAGAUUGUCCAAAGUACUCUGAAGGGGAGUGUCCAGUUGAGAAACCAGAGUUGAUUGGAGCCAGCGCUAAGGAUGCUGAAGAUGAUCUUAAAGCUAUUGAAGGAGAUGUGGAGGCACCAAAAUCAGAAGACAAAUCUUCAGAGUCAUCGGACUCAGAUAUAGACCCGGAUUAUCUGCUUCGAGUCAAGCGUCGUAAGGCGCGUUCAGAGGACACAAGUCCAGGCAAGAGGGGAAAAGGGGAGAGAGUGAAGUUGCGAGGGGGACAAGAUGUUGAGGAGCUGUUGGCCGUCGUUGAAAAACAGCUAGAUAAGCUGGAUGAGAGGCUGGUCCGGGUGUUGGCAUGGCAACGGCUUCAAGAGGUGGCUCUUGGUGAACGGGCCUCAGGCAAAUGGCGUGCAGCCACUGACGAAUUAGGUUCGAAGGCAGCAGCAGCCAUACGCCAUGUAGAGAGAUCACAGUUGGCCAAGCAUGGACUUCGCUGCACUACUUUACCAUCGGAGCUGUUAGCACGAGCUGAUAGAGAGAGAAUAGCGACCUUAGUGUGGGGAGCUCCGCCCCCCAAGAACCCCGUGGCAAUUAAGAGCGAAGCGCUAGAAGCUGCUCUGAAGAGGAUGAUCGCUUGUAUUACUCAGCUGCAUCAAACAGAUGGCAAAACUGGUGACGUCACCUUGGGUGUGUCAAUUCCGAUGCGUUUGUCUUCGCUGACAAUCGGAACGGACGCAUCUUGUGGCGUGCAAUUGGAUUCGUACUGCCGACACGUGUCCGGGAAACACGCUGUUAUCUUUAAGGAUGAGGUGUCUGGACAUUUUGAGCUGAUCAAUUACUCCGAAUGGGGAACUGUCGUGAACGGAGUGAUGUACGCGUGUGAGCUGUCCGGAUGCGAUUCCAAACAAGAAGACGAAGAAACCCGACCGAGCGCGUUACGCCAUCUCACGGACAAAACACGUAAGGAAAGAAGAUUAAAAGACGCCAUAACCCAACCGCUGGGCGACGAGCGCGAAUGCCAGUGCCCGCUGACCCCGCCCUCCUCUUCAGCAGCAUGGGAGGGUUCUGCCUUGGUCCCGCACGGGGCUCUACUGCAGUUUGGAUGUCUGCUCUACGUGUUCAGCGAUGCUGACCCAAAACCCUUCCCGUACGAGCAGCCUAUUGAAGAGCCAGCUCUAUAA